GUCACACUGCAUGGGCACUGCUCCUCACCUGCCAGGCCCCAGCUCCAAGAUGCUGGCACAGCCCGCACUGCUCUGGCUGCUAGCUGCCCUUGUGCAGGGUGUCUGUGGAGACAUUGCUCUGACUCAGACUCCAGAGUCCCUGGCAGUGUCUGCAGGGGACACCGUCACCAUCAAGUGCAAAGCCAGCGAAUACAGUGGUAGCAGCAGCAUGGCCUGGUACCAACAGAAAUCAGGACAAGCUCCAAAGCUCCUCAUCUACGAUGUUUCCUCUCGCCCCUCUGGGAUCCCUGACCGGUUCAGUGGCAGUGGGUCUGGCACCGACUUCACUCUCACCAUCAGCCGGGUGGAAGCUGGUGAUGCUGGAGAUUAUUACUGUCAACAGUAUUAUGGUAGCCCUCGCACGGUGCUACAGCCCCGUACAAAAACCUCCCUGCUCUGCUCCAACAGGGACGUCCUCGUGACUCCAGACUCCCUGGCAGUGUCUGUAGGAGACACAGUCACCAUCCAGUGUAAAACCAGCUCCAGUGUUAGCAGCAGCUAUAUGCACUUGUACCAGCAGAAACCAGGGCAGGCUCCUAAGCUCCUGCUCUACAGCACAAACAGCUGCCCCUCUGGGAUCCCCGACCGGUUCAGUGGCAGUGGGUCUGGCACUGACUUCACUUUUACCAUCAGCCACGUGGAAGCUGUCACGGAGCUCAGCUGUGAUCUAGCACACGCUGCGCAGCACCCGGGUGUUGGCACAGGAUCCUGA